AUGGAGUCUGCUGGUGGGUGUGGUGGUCAUGGCGCAACAGAAGCGCAGUGCUCGGCAGCUUCCGAUUUGUGCCAGCAAUGCCGCACGGCCGUUGCAGCUCGUGCAGACACAGAGACAGAGGACGGUGCUGCAGAGGGGGCUUUGCUGUCAUCGUUGGACGUAGGUUUCCUGGAGCUUCACUGUGUCCUGCCGCAGUGGCAUGAUGCAUGCCAGAGUUCUGUGGCAGACCUAGGGUUUGCUUUACUUCUUCUUGCUGGAGGCUUGCUUAUGCUAUUAGCAGCGGGUGGGCUUUUACUUUUUGAUUGGUAUGCGCUGCCUGGCCUGGUCUCGGCAGCAAAGCCGCUGCCGCCUUCACAAGCAGCUGCUGCCUCCAAAGUUGGCCAGCCGCAGCUGGAGCGUUGCACUGUUGGAGUUGCGGAUGCUUUGCGCAUGGCAGCUGCAGUGCCCAUGGACAUGAUGACGCCACAAAGGCUUGAAGGCAUGCCGCUAGCGCACGCGCUGCGACAUGUUUUCCUUUUCAUAGCAUUGGCCGCAGUUGUCCUCCGCGUAGCCACGCUUGUUGCCUUCCUGAUGCUUGUACCUGGGCAGAGGCAACUGACGGACGUGCUGCUGGAGACGCUUUUGUGCCUAUUGCCGUUCCUUUGGUGCGCCUGCUCCACUCGGCUGUCCUCAAGCUUUACCGCCUCCGCCUCUCAUCUCGCCUUCUGUGGUCCUGGCCAGAGGCUUCCAAGAUUUACAACUUACGCGGUGCUCACAGUUGGCUCCGAGUUGUACAGCACUCUGGUGCUGUCCUACGCCGUCGCCACAGCUCCCUGCGAUGUCCCGCCUUGGAAGCCCAUCACGUUCUAUUGCUUCGGAGUCUUGGUCGCAGUCAUCAGAUGCUACUCGGCAGUCGUUGCCUUGCGUCUUCAAGAUGCAGCUGCGGGAGCUUGUCGAAGAAUUCUUCCCAAGGAUGCCUGUGAUCUUGAACCUGUCGCCGAGGGCGAUAUCCAAUGUAGCAUUCAGGACGAGGAGCUCCCUGAUACAGCUGGCAGCUCUCUGACGCAGGCUGAUGGGAAAUCCAGGCGUUGCUGGCGGAUCACCGGCACAAAGGACCAAACUCUGGCAGAAGCGGCACCUGAUGUGUGCCGCUCACCUUCGAAAUGCUGCCCAGCCAGGCAGAAAUUGUGGGGACGGCGGCUGCUGAUCCGCGUUGCCGCUGCUGUGGCGCUUGUGUCUGCCGUGGCUUCGGCUGUAAUUGUGCGAGCCGUGGUGGGUGAGGCUGCAGCUCCCGUGCAGCCAUCCUCAUGUGGCGUUGCCCGCAACUCCACCACCACCUGUGUGCCCUGGCGCCUGGCAGGGGUCCAUCUUGUUGACCGAAAGACCGGUGAGUUGCAGAUGGACCUGACCAACACCUUGGAGGAGUGCUGCUCGGGCUGCGAUGGUCUCGCUGACUGUCAGGCCUGGAUUUUCGAGCGUAUGGCGAAGCGCUGUCGAUGGAUCCAGUUCGACGAUGCUGUAUGUAGGCAAGACCCAGGCGAUUUGCGCUGCAGAUGCUACACUAAUUGGGGCACGGCGUAUGGCUUCAAGCCCAAGUCCAGUCUCGUAUGGCUUACGGCAACAUGA